AUGGAGAGCUUACCUGAACAAGAAGAUAAAGAUCCUCCUAAAGCUGCAAUAGUGAACAAACCAGUCAAACAACCUGAAAAUCCAUUCAAGAAACCUAUUUUAUUUGGUAAAAUAGGUAGAUUGCCUAAAAAACUAUCCCCUAAAGAAGCUGAAAGUAUCGAUACAUCUGAGAUAAACAGUACAGUGUCAGAUAAAAUAGGAGACACUAUUAAAUAUGAGUCAAAUGUGCAACCAAACUGUUUAAAAGAUCCACCAGUAGCUGCUCAACAGUUAUCUGAAAAUGCAGUACUGUUACCUUACAUAGAACCGGAUUGGUCUGGUUUGCCUGAGAGCAAAAGCAGAGACUUCAUUUUUGAAGUGUUAAAAAAUGGAGCUAUAAUAGAAACUAUUAAUUUAAUGGCUAAACCCUUUUGGUUAUUUGGUCGACUUGCCAAUUGUGAUGUUUGCAUGCAACAUCCAACAAUUUCAAGGUACCAUGCAGUUCUACAGUACAGACAGAAACCAUCAAAGACGGAAGGACCUGGUUUUUACAUUUAUGAUUUAGAUAGCACACAUGGUACAUUCUUGAAUAAAAACAGACUUAAACCAAAAGUAUUUGUUAGAAUACAGGUUGGCCACCUGUUAAAAUUAGGUUGUAGUACACGUUCAUACAUAUUAAACGGUCCGGAAUAUGAUGAAGAAGAGGAAUCGGAAUUAUCUGUUACCGAAUUAAAACAAAAACGACAGGAUGAAAUACUUAAACGUGCAGAAGAAAAGCUGAAGAUAGAAAAGGAACUCGAAGAAAAGAAAAAGAAGGAAGAAGAGAGAGGCGUAGAUUGGGGAUUGGGUGAGGAUGCUGAUGAAGAGACUGAUUUAUCUGAAAAUCCCUAUGCUCAAACCAAUAAUGAAGAAUUGUAUUUAGAUGAUCCUAAAAAAGCUUUGAGAGGAUUCUUCGAAAGAGAAGGUUUAGAUCUUGAAUAUGACUGCAAUGAACAAGGUAUCGGGCAGUUCCUCUGCAGAGUUGAAUUACCAGUAGACGACGAAAUGGGACGACCAAUAGUGGCUGAAGUACUUCAUAAAGGCAAGAAGAAAGAGGCCGUUAUACAGUGCGCUUUAGAAGCUUGUAGAAUCUUGGACAGAUAUGGGAUGCUUCGUCAGGCUACACAUGAAUCUCGUAAAAGAAAGGCCAAAAAUUGGGAGGAAAAUGAUUUCUACGAUAGUGACGAGGACACAUUUUUUGACAGAACCGGAACCAUUGAGAAGAAACGUGAAAAAAGAAUGAACACUAAAGCAACUCAAAAAGUCGAAACCUAUGAGAGUCUGAACGAAAAAGAAAAAUCGAUUUCGAAGCAAAUUUCCGAACUGGAAGCCCAACUAGCCUCAUAUCAAACUAAAGGCGACGGAAAUGGUCGUGAAACCGAAGAAGAAGACUCCUUGGAUACCUACAUGGAAAGACUUAAAGAUACAAAGACAGACAAAAAAGCAAUUUCAAGUUUAAAAAUGGAAUUAGCCCAUCUCAGAAUCGAACACGCCAAAGUUAUCAGAUUGGUAAAUAUCGCAAAACCGGCAAAUCUACCUGCACUUGAAAAGCCUCAUUCAAGUACGAAUACAGACACUAAACCGAAACAUCUUUUUAAUACAUUAUGUUUCGGUAAGCAAAAAGUGACUAAAUUCGUGUUUGACAGAUCUAAAAAAGAUGACGUAGUUCCGAAUGAUAUGGAUGAUGAAGAAGAAGACGCAGAGACAGUUGAAGAAAAAGUAGAAGAGAAAAUGGAAGAAGAAACUAAAAUGGAAGAAACGAAGGUCACAGAAAACCAAGAAAAUACAAAUGCAGACGAUGAUGUUCGAAAUCAAAAUGUAUCUGAAGAAAAUCUAUCUACUACUAGUCACGAGAGAGAUGAUUUGAGCUCUUCUCUUUCUUCAUCGCAACUAUUUGCAAAUGAGUGUUUAAAAAUCUUACAGGAUGAUUCAAUGAGUUACGAGAAACUUGAAAGUAUUUGGGGGAAAAAUCUUGUUCAUGCUGGUAAAUAUAAAGAAAACAUUGAAAAAAUCGUGGAUACUUUGAAAAAAUUAGCCACGAACGGGGAUCGCAUGAACUUAGAUUUUAAAAUAUUAUCCGCCAAAAUGAAGAAAAUAUUGAAAUUGAUGUUGGACAUGGAGCGUGAAGAUCGCGACAGUAAUUUAGAACACCGAAUAUCUUCAGAACUCAAAAGAUUGAUUUCAGAAAUAAGUUCGAUAAAGGAACAGAAAUGCAAAGAUAGGGAAACUGUUAAAAAAGUUGUGAACGAAGUACAAAACGUUACCGCGGCUAUUUUAAAAGACUUACGUGUACCUCAAUUUGAAGAUGAAGAAAUGUCGUCACCUGUUCGGUUGGAAGAUGGAAUAGAUGUAAUAUCCGCCGCGUCUGAAAGUGUCAAUACUAAUAUAUCACCUGUCGAUGUUUUACCUGAGAAUAAUAGUUCAAAUGUCGUAGGCAGUAGUAGCAAUAAUUUAGACGAAAAUAAAAAGAAGAAGAAGAACCAACGCAGAAUCCACCAAAAGCAGGAAAAGGUUGAACAAGAGCGACAAAAGGGCUAUGUAGAAGACGCUUCCAGAGAAAACUAUUGCAUGUGGGUCCCCCCGAAUGAUCAAUCAGGAGAUGGCAAGACUAACUUGAACGACAAAUACGGUUACUGA